AAAAUCCGUCGCCUCGAUCUGUCGCAAGCGCUAGCUGUCAGAUAGGCACAACAAAAAUCUACGUUCUUUUUGUUUAUUGUCGCGGCUAAAAUUCGGAAAAUUGUUUGAAAUUGUUUCCGCAAUAGUUGGAAAGUAAUUUGCUUGUGUCCGUUUCGUGCGCGCGUAUGGGAAGUCGCGUUCCUUCGGGGUGCCACUUGAUUAAAGAACAUCGCCUUGCGUGAUAGAAACCGAUGUCGGUCGGCGACUGUGGCGGAACUUUUUCGAGGCACUCGCAAUGAAUCCGGUCAGUCUGUACAUCACAACUUCUCGGCUUGUGUUCCAAAGUGGGUGCGGUGGUGGAAGCGGUGCCGGGCCCGGCGGAACGGAUACCGGCGGCGGGUCCAGUAGCGGCAGCGGUGCCAACAGCAGUGCCUUUGCGGAUCUCAACCGUCUUUUGCCGUACUUAAGGAAGAGUUUGAGCUGUGCGGUUUGUAGCCGGUUGCUGAUGGAGCCGCACACCCCGGCGGAACUAAACUGUCAGCACCACGUCUGUCGGGGAUGCGUCGGCGAGCGAAAGAAGCUGAAACCAUCCUGUGCUGCGUGCAAGGACUACAACCGUUACGUCGAGAACACCCAGCUGAGGAUGCUGCUGCAGUGCUACAAAAGUGUCUGCGAGUACAUCAAGACAAAGCCGUUUUUCGCCGAAAUGCGGAAGCAGGCGACGGGGAAUACGGCAUUGAAUGGGAUCUCGGUAACGGUGAUAGGCAGUGGGACUGGGCCGGGUGGGGGAACUGGGCCCUCGGGAACACCGCACCAGCCGAUUAGCGUUCCGAGCAAUUUAUUCGAACUGAUCGAGGAGGGAGCGCAGUUCCAGGACAACUACCGGUGCAGCUCCGGAUUGACCAAAUCGGCGUACUCUAUCCUGCCCUGCAUUUAUCCGGCGCCACCGGUAACGGUAACCGGUCCGUCCGCUAUGCCAUUAUCAAUGGGUGGCCAACAACCCAGCCAACAGAUAACCGUACCUUCCAGCGGAAUCGGCAGCCAAGUGCAAGCCAAAGUUCACCAAACGGCAACGGCAAUCGGAACUACGGCGGGACCGAUCACCAUUGCCGACAAACAUCAACAGCAACAUCAUCCAAAUCCAAACCGCCCACAGCUUCAUCAUCAUCCACAACAGCAACCACAAAAUCAGCAACACAAAGAAAUCAAGUUCCGAUCGGCACCGAUUAAAACCGUCUCCAACGGGUCCACUAUGUACUCGGUAUUGUACGCGGGAAAUGGCAAUAAAAUAACGAUCAAAAGAAAAAUGGACCCGCCGCACAUCCAACGAAAGGCCACCAUCCACACGUUGGACAAAGAGGGACAGAUAAAGCUGGCCAAAACUCUUGCGGACAAUUCGGCCGCCAUGAGUGGGUUCAAGAUGCCUCAGACGACCGGUGGUCUGGUGGCAAGUGUGCCGGCUGUGGCCAUGGGACAAGGAAAUGUCACAAUGGUAAACACCGCCACCACCACAAAUGCGAUGAGCAAACAGGCGGCUAAACAGUUGCUCAAGCGGAGAGGCUGCCGGUGUGGGAAUGCAACGGCAACCCCCGGGAAACUAACCUGCUGCGGUCAACGGUGCCCAUGUUACGUUGAUUCCAAGUCCUGCGUUGACUGCAAGUGCCGCGGCUGCCGGAAUCCCCAUCGGGCAGAUGGCAUGAAAGUUCGUCCCCACAUUCCCGAGCUACAAAAUCUUGAAAUCAACCUCCACAAUCCGAACGAGGAAGAAGCACUCUCCACCGCUACGACGACAGUCCUGGCGGCUCAGCAGCCUGUGAGUACCGUGGGCAGCAAUAGUGGAACCCACAUAGGCGUUCUUGGUCAGUCGCCGCUGGCCAGUGGCAGUGUUAGUCAACCGCAGGGUUCUGGCUUGACGACAGUCGGUCCCGGUGCGAAGGGGUUGACCCAGAUCAGCCAUCUACCGGGUGGAUCGACACUGAAAAUAACACCCACGUCGAUUGCUAACGUACUGAGCAGUACGAAUCAACUGAUCGGCGGUCCCGACGGAAUUGACAUGGUUCCGAGCGGCGGGCUGCUCGACUCGAAUGGGUUCAGCUACAUUACGCAGGCCAGCUUGGACGCGGGGACGGCCGUGGCACCCACUGCUACCCAGUAUAACGUAUCCAAUGGAGGGACCAUUCACGUGGUUGGCAUCUACGCGACCCACCUGGGCGACAUGAUUCGGACGGACACCGGUCUCAACAGCCUACUCACCCACAAACCCCCGGAUGCGCUGCUGACGCAAAGUUCGCUGAACCCAUUAAGCAUGUCGACCCCCUCCAGUCUGCUUGGGCACGCACUGUUCAAUCCGUCGACGACGACGAUGUCCACGAGUGCCGUUUCCAAUAUCCUAAGCAGCAGUGCUGGCGUUGCCGGUGUGCAUAGUUCCGGUCCCUCCGGGCUGGAACUAUCCGGCAUUGGCGUCGGCGAUGGGUCCGGUAUCGACAUCGGCGAUCAGCUGGACCUCACCGGAACGAACCUGAUCACCAUUGACGGAACGCUGGACGAUCGGUUGCAUGCGGACGAUGUCUAAGCAGCGUGCAUCGGUCUGUGCUUUGAACUGGUAACACAUUGAUCGACAAUGUUUUUAGACCUUUUUUUAAAUUUUACUUGUAAUAUUUGUUUUGUCCGAGGAGCAAAUUCUCGUUGUAGAGUCGCUACUACUCUUCCAAUCGCUCCUGGACAUCUACGAAUUGAUUAUUGUCCCGUCACAGGGGCACUCCGGCGGAACCUACAAAGAUCAUUAUCAUUCACUGUCAAUCCACCUUUCCUUUGAUUUAGGAAAAACGCUUUAUUAGGUUUCGCUCGCUAAUUUGUCGAUAUAUGUAAUAUUAAAGUUCUACUUAUAAGGUACACGUAACGAGAAACAAACACACUCACAUAGCAGAUUGGUAGACUUUUUGUACUAUUAUGAUUACUCUCAUACAUGUGUAAAAACAGGAAACAAUGAAACAAACGAGCAGUUCUAGGAUAAGCUUACACCUAAGUAGCCCCAGCAAGCCCAAGUCAAACGCCUGUUGGCCGAGUUGGGUGAUGAAUGCAUUGCCAUCGCGCGCUUGCGGAUGGCGUUCGUAGUAGUGAGAUGUUCGAUUUUAAGCGACCCAUUAAGUCCCCUUCUCCUCUGUUGACACAGAAACUUAGUUUGCCUAAUUGUUGUAUCUCCAAUAUCGAAGCUUGAACCCGAAACCUUGUGCGGAUGAAUGCCAUCAAGUAGGUACAGCGCAACUCCUAAUGUAGGCUACGGUUUUUUUUAAAUGGUUGAAUGGAUAGUCAACGAAUGGUGGCAAGAUCUUAUUGGACGUAGAGGAUUAUCCCAAAAAUCGCGGACGACAAUUUUUCUGUUUAUAGAAGAAUAGCUUCGUUUUCGAUUACCUUCUGGUUUAGCAGGAAUUUGAAUCUUGGUUUUCGAGUUUGUCCAUACCGCGUGAGUGAAUCGUUGAAGCAGUAUAUAUUUCAAUAAACUAUUUUGUCAAUGUAA